CGUGCUAAGCACGUGAUGCGCAAUUUGUGGUGUUUCAUCGUCCUCGUCGCGUACUACAUCCGACACAGUCCUUUUCCCGUUGCUCCUCCGCAAGCAUCUCCAAUGGUGUCGUCCUCCUCCUCUAUCCCCCUCCACUCGAUCCAAAACCCUCUCCUCCCCCUCCUCCGCCGUAGUGUCACGAAACCCUCUCCACCUCUCCAUCUCCUCUCCCGCCCCCGAUCACCAUCUCUCCGCCCCUCCGCCAAGCUCCGCCUCUCCGAGAUCAUGGGCGGCCGCGGCCUCUGCAAUGGCGAAGAGGGCCUCCUCAAGGAGCUCACCCGCCCCGCGGAGGCGGCGGCGGCUUCGGCGCCUCCUCCUCCUCCUCCUCCGCCGCCGACGCAGCUGCAGCCCUCGCCCCUCGGGAUCGACGACGGGGCCUUCGAGAAGGAGCUCCUAGGGCUCACGGGAGGGUUCCCGGGGGGCGAGAAGGGCCUAAGGCGGUUCAUCGAGGAGAACCCUCCUCCGCGAAAGGGGGCUGGGGACGACGAGGAAGCGCUUGUGGGGAUCGCGCCGGGGACGAAGGGUCCGAAGCCGCGGGCGCCGGAGCUUCCGCUGUUCCUGCCGGGGAUGAUCGUGAUCGUGAAGAAUCCGAAGAACCCCUUCUACAUGUACUGCGGGAUCGUGCAGAGGGUUACGGAUGGGAAAGUGGGGGUUUUGUUUGAGGGAGGGAACUGGGACAGGCUCAUCACUUUCCGCCUCGACGAGCUCGAGCGGAGGGACAAAGGCCCGCCGAUGGUCAAUCCCAAGUCGGCCGUCCUCGAAUCCAUCGUCACCAAGUCGGCGUGACGUCGAUCCCCACUGGUGUCAAUUAGAAGAAAUCUCUCCCUAGUCAUCUUUGAUGUUGUGGGACCGACAAAACAAGACCAAUUAUCCUAUUUACAAAUUACAAGCGUCAAUAAGAAGAAAUUUCAUAGUUAUUUUUGA